GCUCAAUCUUCGCGGAAACAAGGAAGGCACUGCUGCAAUACGAGCCGCUACUGCAGCUCAUGAAGGCCGGUAACGACACGGGCAAAUUCGAGGCUUUCGUCCGGAAUGCGUCCCUGCUGCUUCCCAACGACCUCUUGCUUAGUGAAGUGCGCGUUCCCACACUGCCAGAGCGCGGUUUUGUGGGCAACUACUUCCGAGCUCUGAGUUUUGAAUUUGACGUCAAGCGCGAAGCGUGGCGUCGAGGCACGCGGUUCCAUGAUGAAAGCACAGACUACGAACUCUGGAACCGCAUGCGGCUGGUGAGCGAGGACUUGUACGUGUCGCCGAUCGCGUACGCUUUCCUGAGCACCGUUAACGCCAGCCGCGCCUUGCUCGCCGACGCACCGGUGGUCGCGGCUCGAAUGGCAGCGUUGCUGUGGAAGAGAGUUGUUGAGCACAAGGGAUGGUCGUCGCGGACACUGGCUGCAAUCGAGUAUCACAGGCAAUGCAUGCUGAAGUCUUUUCGUGCGCAUGCCGGCGUAGACAAGGUACUGCUGGAGAAAUUCGUCGCCCUGCAAAUAGCUGCAGGCCUAGCGUCCGGGGCCACGCACAUUUCUACCAAAGGCUCACUCUUCGGCGCCACACCUGACUGGUUUGAAAUGAAGCUGGUCUGGAGCCUGCACAUGAACUCCAAGGCGCGGUUUUUCUACACUCGCUACGCAUAUUUCUGGUGCAUCAAAGACAAACGCGCUUCGACCUAUAUCAACGAACCCCUGAGACGCAGCGCGGACUUUGCAGCCGCUUUCAAAUGCCCGCCUUUUCAGGAAACCGCCGAUAGCAGUGCGUGCUGGAACUACUUGCGGUAGUGGGCAGAUGCUUUUCUCUAAUCGGCAAUUUGCUGGUGCAAUGACACCGUGCAGAGUCAUUACAAUCUAGGACAAGGAACUGUAUUUACGAGCAAAGUUAUUUAUCACCUGUUCUUCGCUGUUCCGUUUUCUCAGGGGGACCUGGAUGCUUGUUCUUUUUUUGGCAACGUCGUCUGUGGGUCCAAUUCACGCACCUUCAAUUUUGGCCUUAGUGUAUUUGUGCGGUCGCAGGUUAGUUUUGUAUGUCAUGCGCAUACGGAAGAUGUUCCGCGCUCAUCUUGAAAUAAAUGAUUUCGACUGUG